AUGGUCCUUGAGAGGCAGAAUGAACAGGGCGAGGGGGGAGUGAUGAGCUGGGCAGGGGUGAAGGUCACUCUCAACAGGAGAUGGACCGUGGUGCAGCUCAGAACUGUCAAGAGAGAGUUCAUGGCAGUCGCCCAGAAAGGAGGUCUAGACCCAGCCUCCGGCGGGAAACUGUUUCUGCAGAUGCUGCAAGAGCGGGAGGCGAGAGGCUGCCCUGAAUUGUUGAAGAAGCAGAAGGCCCUGCAGGAAAAGUUCAGGAAGCAGGAGGAGGAGCAAAACGCCAAGCAGGCUUCGGAUUUGGCCCGCAGGCAGAAGGAGUGGCUGGCUAAAGGCGAGAAGUACCAUAAGGAGUACCUGACCAUGCAGAAGGAUGAGGUCGCGGCCAUCCGCAAGGCCAAGGCCGACGGCGCCUUCUACGUGCCUGCUGAGAAGAAAGUCGCCCUGGUGGUGCGCAUCCGAGGCAUCAACAAGCACUCUCCCCGUGUCAUCCGUGUGCUCAGACUCCUCCGCCUGAGGCAGAUCAACAACGCCACCUUUGUGCGCCUCAACAAGGCCUCCGUCAACCUGCUGCGCAAGGUCGAGCCCUUCAUUAUGUACGGCACCCCCUCGCUGGCGACCAUCCGCAAGCUGGUCUACAAGAGGGGCUUCGUGAAGAUCAACAAGCAGAGGAUCCCGAUCACCUCGAACGACGUGGUGGCCAAGAUCCCUGGCGGCCAUGUGGACUGCGUGGAGGACAUCAUCCACGAGAUCUACACCUGCGGCGAGAAAUUCAAGGAGGUGAACAACUUCCUCUGGCCGUUCAAGCUCAGAAACCCCAGAGGCGGGUUCAAGGCCAAGCGCCACCCCUUCAUCCGGGGAGGCGACUGGGGCAACCGAGAGGCCUUCAUCAACGAUAUCGUCGAGCGCAUGCUAUGA